UGUCAAAAAAUCAUGUUUCAAAGUUUAGCGGUGAUUUUAAUUGUGAGUAAAAUGUGUACUUUUAGCCGCAAUUAAUUGUUGUCACUAAAAGUCAAGUUUUAAUCGGACUUUUAGUGGUGAUAUAUUAUAUUUUAGUGGUAAAAUUUAGUUUACUUGUUACAAUAAUUAUGGCGACUAAAAAUUUUACAUUUAAUGACAUUUUUUAUGCUGCGGCUAAAAACCUUACAUUUAGUGGCAACAAUUAAAUGUCAUAGUUAAAUGAUUUAGCCACACACAUAUUGCCGUGGCCUAGUGGCAAUAACAGACUAUAAAAAUAUUGUUACUAAAGUAUAUAGUGACAAUUUUUAUGCAUUCAGCUUCAAUAAUUUUUGCGGCUAAAAAACAAAUUUCUUGUAACUCUACCAAAAAAAAUACUAAAAUAAAAGAAGAUGACUUGCGGGGGAACGUAGGAAACUCAUGAGAGGAAAGAAAAUAUUUCCAGAUUGGCUUGAGAAAAAAAAAAAACUAAGACGACUUUACGCAUUUUGACCUUUUUUUUUCCUGGUAGGUGUUCAUUUUGACCUUGUGAUUAAAAGCUUUGGAGUUGGUUUCGGAUCCAGAUUUUAGCAAUACCUUGGACAAGCUCUUUGACAUGGUGAGAGAGUUUGUCGUGGGGAGAGAUGAGCUUGGCGUAUUUGAGGAGGCUGGUUUCAUCAUCAAUCCGAGGGCCGAUGGUAAACCGCCGGGAGAACAAAAGGAAGCUUUUCGGCACUCAUGGCUUGGACUUCAAAGGUGUAAUUUACAGGUGAGAGGUCGAAGACUGUGCAGGAUUGGCCGGGAAGAAUCCAUGCUUUCUUGGCUAUUUUUAUGUCCGGGAUGCCUACCCCGGUGA